CAACUUGAAGGCUAGUGAGAUUGAUUGGACUCUAGAGAACGCCGACAGAGGACUGCAACCCAAGCACAAACAGCGUAGUUCAGUUGACUGUUGAGUUCGACGUCACACUCCCAGGCUCAGCUGAUUUGAAUCAGGUUACCCCAGGUUGAGGUGUUGAGGGAAGUCUCGUUGCUCUUAACCCUGGCACCCUGGAUCCGUGUAACAGAAACGGGGCCAGAAGAAGCGCUCUAACUGCAGAUAUGGCGAACGAUAUCCCGACGUUGAAGAUUUUGUUGCUUGGCUCAUCAGCGGUUGGAAAGUCAUCUCUGCUUCUUCGGUUCACCGAUGAUGAGUUCCUUCCGGUGGAGGAGACCAGUGCGACUAUUGGCGUGGACUACAAGCAAAAGUCAAUAGAAGUCAAUGGGCGAAGGUUUAAGCUCAGCAUAUGGGAUACGGCUGGACAAGAGCGGUUUCGUUCAUUGGUCGGCAGCUACUACCGAGGAGCUCAGGGUGUCAUCAUGGUCUAUGAUGUGACUGUACGCGAAACUUUCAACAGCCUACCCAUGUGGUUCAACGAGCUUGAGACAUUCUCGACCAGCUCAGAUAUUGUCAAGAUUGUCGUCGGUAACAAGGUUGACAAGGAGUCAUCACGCGUCAUCACUACUGAGGAGGGUCGAGCUUUCGCAGAGUCCAAAGGGUGUCUUUUCGUGGAAGCGAGUGCGAAGAAGGGGCAAAAUGUGUCUGGAGCUUUCGACGAAUUGAUUAACAAGAUCAUUUCCACCCCUUCGCUGUGGCAAAAGACAGAUGCGGGCCAGCGCAGACCUGGUGACAGGUUACCUGGCACGCUACCCAACGAAGGGCGCAGUGGGAUCAUCUCCCUUGCCGCAGAUCCUGGUGGCUACGUUUCCUAUGCCAGAGAGAACUGCUCAUGUUGACGCUUGUUCUCAGCUACACUGAGCUUUGUUGCCUAGAUUUGUAUCAUAUAUUUACUCUUUGUUGAUCCGAC